CCAGGGAUAUUACUUUAAAAAACAUGGGUGUAAACAGCACAAACAAGACACUAUUUUUAAUAACUCUUGUUUUAAAAAUAAUCGGCUUAAAAGCGGCCGGUGAGUUCAGUAUUUUAUAUUCUCCAGAUUCUUUACGUUUUAUGGCAACUGAUAAAACUUCGGAGAGUAAUUUAAAAGAGAUAUUUUCUGCAGCACUCGGGCUCUCUGUGGAACAUAGUUCGGAAUGGAAAGGAUUAAUUGUCGUGGAUCCUUUCAAUACUCCUGAAGCAGCCGUGGAAGUAUAUAUUGAUGGUAUAAGAAGCAUUGGUGAACAUAUUGCUUUGAAUACCUACAAACUUAGUGUAGACGAGUAUGAACCAGAUACCUACAAAUCAGUAAAAGAAAGAAUAAAGCAGCAUUUUACGGAAGGAGGCAAUAAAAUAGCGAGUGUUAAAUUAAGUAAUGGAAACGAGUUCAGGAAGUUACUUGGUAAUUUUAUAAAAAAUAAAAAACCCACCAAAGAAGUACUUCACCACUUAAAGUAUAACGUGGAAGAAGAUUACCUCUUUAUAAACGAGCUUCAGAUUUUACGAGCUGUUAUUCAAUGGAUCCAAGAUGGGGGUAUUGUCCCAGACAACCAAAUUGAUUUCUUCAAUUUUCGUAUUCGCAGUCUUCAUGGUGUAUCUGACUAUCAUGGUCCCAAUUCUAAAGAAACUACAGAAGCUAAGAAAUUAUUAGGCGAAGCUGUUCAAGAACUCAGCAAGGCAUUUGUCGAAGCCUAUGUUGGUUCGGUAUUAGUUACAGCUGUUAGCACUGAUGUCCCUCACACUCGUCGCUCAGCUCGAUCGGUCUCUAUACCAGACUUGAAUGUCACCCAAAGAAAAUGGUCAUAUAAUUGGUCCAAUGAAAGUUCAGAUAAGAAAAAGAAUCGUUACAAAUUUGUAAAACCAGCUGGUACUGCCGAUUAUGAAUGGAUGAGCCGGGCGAUCGUAAGGCCAAAAACUCGUGAAGGUGGUGGAGAUAGUGGGACGAGUACUGAAGUUGUUCCAACAACUGAACAAGAUACAACUACCACCGGUGGAAGUAUCGGUGUAACUGUCGAUGGAAGUGGUAGUGGAAGUGGCGAUGGAAGUGGAAUUGGAAAUGAUACUGCAAGUGUAAAUGCAACAAAGCCAGCGAAUGGCACUAUUGCUGAUGAUUUUGACGUCGACUAUCCAGCAGUAUUUAAUAUAUUUCUGUGGUUCGGAAUGGUAAUGACAUUUUCUAUGCUUGCUAUCAUGUAUUCUUUUAUGGACAUGGACCCGGGCCGCGACACCAUUAUCUAUAGGAUGACUAGUAUGAAAAUAAAGAAAGAUAAUUAAAUAGCUU